AUGGCGCGAGGAGGGAGGGAAAAGUGCACGCCGCUCCCCUUCCUCUCUUGCCGCGCACGCACCUUCUUCGGCGGCGGAGGCAGGAAAGACGUGCAAGAGAGAAGGGAAAGGCUAAACAUCCCCAGCUCCUCAUGGUUUCCGGAUCGUGUUUCUCUUCGAGACAAGAGUGCGGCCAUUAUUUAUAACCCCAAAGAACAAACUCCAGAAGCCCUACGGGAAGCCAUAGAGGACAUGGGGUUUGUUGCUGCACCUACAGCCGCAGACCCACAACCUGUCCCAGUGGACACCAUGUUCCUCGCCAUUCCCGCUCAGGCCGCUUCCGCCCUCGACGAAAUCCGCAGCCGCCUCUUGCAGACUGAGGGCGUCUUGGACGUGAAAAGCUCCUCCGAUAAGAAAUCCCUGGUGGUCACUUUUGUGUCCGCUGUCAUCAACGGGAAGCAGGUCGGCCAAAUCGUGCCGGGGCUGAGUUUGGACUAUGCGGCCCGAGAGAGAGCCCCCGAAGAUGCGAACGUGUCCCAAAUGGGAGAUGUCGCGCUGAGGCUCAAAGUGGAGGGAAUGACCUGCCACUCCUGUACCAGUACCAUUGAAGGGAAAAUCGGGAAACUGCAAGGUGUCACGCGAGUCAAAGGUAAUGAAUGGGAAUUUAUUUGCAUGCCUUUAUGCACUGCCGUUUGUUCCCCAGCACAAUAG